AUGGCAUGCGUCACCAGAAGCUUAGCCCUCUCCGGCCAAUUCGUCAUCAGCUGCGGCACCGUAACCAUCGACGUCAACAGAUCGAAGGUCCUCCUCAUCCGUGACCGCCCAACGGGCGAGUGCAUGCUCCCCAAAGGCCGCAAGGAUAUUGGCGAAUCUCUCGAGGAAGCAGCAGAGCGAGAGACGUUUGAGGAAACCGGGAUCAGAGCCAGGCUCACUGCGAUGCACAUGUCGACCCUAGCCACUGGCGACAGCCGGCGUCCCAUCACAGAGCCCAUCGCCGUAUCUCAGCGUGUCACAGACGGCGUUCUCAAGAUUAUUUUCUGGUACAUCGCCACGGCAGACUCCAUGACUCCUCCGGUCGAGGGAACCCAGCAGGAGAAUGAAGAUUUCGACACUGUCUGGAUUGAUUUCGGUGGUAUUAACAAUACUAUCACCUUCGACGAUGACAAGAGUAUCGCUCAUCAGGCCAUCGCCAUGGUUACUGGGUCACAACGAAACGACGUGUGA